AUGGCAGCAAAGGCUCAAAAUGAGACAGACACCAGUGACUUGGAUGUGCCCUCUCACCCCGGCUCAUCAACCACGCACCACAGACCAGGUCAUAGUGGAGCCAAUCACCAUCGUAGGCCCCAUGAUCACCAUCGCCAUGGUGUGUCCCAUCAUCACGGUGGAUCUCACCUAGACUCCCCUGACAGUGCCUUCUCCCGCCACUCCCCCAACCCCUCCACAACCUUGGCCUCCACUGGGUCUCAUGGCACUGUCCUCUCCCACCAAACCAAUGAGAAGGUACCCAUUCGCGAUGAGCACCACCGUGGUGGCAGGAGACAUCAUGGUAGGCCCCCCCACGUUAGUGAGUUUCGCCAUCAUGGUGGGCUCCAUCACGAAGGUGAGCCUUCCCAUUCUAAAGAUGGUGCGUCCUCCGGGUCCCAUCACUCUUAUGCUUACGACCACAGCAAGCGCCGUCGUCAUGUAACCCACCACCACAGAAGGCCUCUUCAUCAUGGAGAGAGCUCUUCCCACCAUGGCAUAUCUCGCGACCCCAGUGAGCACCACCAUGGCCACCGUGGCCAUCCUGGUGAGCACCACCGCAGAGAGCACCGCCAUGGGGAGUAUCCUAGUUUCAGUUCCAGAGACUUGCACACAGGCUUCAGCGUCGCCAGAGUCAGCUCAAUCUUUCAACCUACCACGGCACACAAGCAGAGCACGGCCAUUAGCUUGACGCGUUCCCGCAGUGCAGUUCGCUCACGUGCCUCCAAGAGCUCCAGAGUCCAUCCUCUGGAAUCCUUAUCUAGAAUCUCAGAAAGCUGGCCUGAAGAUGAGCCAGUUCAGAUGCAAAAAACCAACAAAACCUCGCGGGGCCACAAGAAGGCGCACAGUGAGAACAUCUGCAGUAAGCUGUUCGGAAACUUUUGCUCCCUCUUUUACGGCCUCCGGAAAAUGCUCAGUGUCCUGACCCAGUCCCUGUUCUUUGACGCCUUCAUCUUCAUCGUUGUCUGCCUCAACAUCAUCAUGCUUGUGGCCCAGACCUUCGCUAAGGUUGAGGUCCGGGGCGCAUGGUACUUCAUGGCCUUUGACUCCAUCUUCCUCUCCAUCUACGUGGUGGAAGCUUUGCUCAAGAUCAUUAGUAUGGGCCUCGACUAUUUUUAUGAUUCCUGGAACAUUCUGGACUUCUUCAUCGUGGCCACGGCUGUGCUGGAGUUCACACUCGUGCAGUUCAACUCCCGCUCCUUGCAGCGCACCGUCUACAACCCCAACUUCUUCAGGAUCUUCAAGGUCUUCAGGAGCCUGCGGGCCCUGAGGGCCGUUCGGGUGCUGAAGAGGCUCAGCUUCCUGACCAGCCUCCAGGAAGUGACCGGGACCCUGGUGCGGUCCAUGCCAUCCAUCACGGCCAUCCUCGUCCUCAUGUUCACCUGCCUCCUCCUCUUCUCGGUGGUGCUUCGGGGACUGUUCCGCCAAUCUGACCCCAAGCGUUUCCAGAACAUCUUCACCACCAUCUUCACCCUCUUCACCUUGCUGACCCUGGACGACUGGUCCCAAAUCUACGUGGACAGCCGGGCCAACGGCGCCUGGUACAUCAUCCCCAUUCUCAUGAUUUACAUCAUCAUCCAGUACUUCAUCUUCCUCAAUCUGGUGAUUGCUGUCCUGGUAGAUAAUUUCCAGAUGGCACUGCUCAGAGGCCUGGAGAAAGUGAAGCAGGAGAGGGCCGCCCAGAUCCAGGAGAAGCUGCUGGCUGAAUCGCUGACGAAGCUCAACGAAGCAGAGCCUGAAGAGGUGCUGAGUGAACACACUAAACAGAAGCUCCUCAUCGAGAAAAAAUUUGGGACCAUGACCACGAAGCAACAGGAGCUCCUGUUCCAUUUCCUGCAACUGGCCACAGGGGUAGAGCAUUAUCAGCAGAAGUUCCGUUCCCAGGCAUCCGUCAUUGAUGAGAUCGUGGACACUGCGUUUGAGGCUGGCGAAGAGGACUUCAGGAAGUGA